CGGCUACUCUGCGGUGGGGGGUGUUGGUCUGGGGGCCCCCUUGCACUGAGCCCUGGGGCCCCCCCUUGCUGGCAGCAGAGUAUUGAAGACGCAUGAGACAAAGAAUUCGCAGACACAGCUGAGGAAAACAAACAUUAACAAAUUGUUAAUUAAGCAGGAUAAGAGGGAGACGGGGAAACGCGAUCGGGUUACAGGAGGCUCCGAGCGAGACGGUUCAGCUGCCCCGGUGCAUCAAAGGCGAUGAGCCCAUCCUGAGAUCUACAUCUCUAUCAGCUCCCCGGGGACCCCGAUAAAGUGAGACCACUCGGAGGGGAGGAAGGAUGCCUCUUAAUGCCAAUUUCCCCAGCAAGAACUACGACUACGACUAUGACUUGCAGCCCUGCUUCUUCUUUCUGGAGGAGGAGAACUUCUACCACCAGCAAAGCCGACUGCAGCCGCCGGCCCCCAGUGAGGACAUCUGGAAGAAGUUUGAGCUGCUCCCCACCCCACCCCUGUCACCCAGCCGCAGAUCCAGCCAGUCCAGCCUUUUCCCCUCUACGGCUGAUCAGCUGGAGAUGGUGACCGAAUUCCUGGGAGGGGACAUGGUCAACCAGAGCUUUAUCUGCGAGGCGGACGAUGAAGCCUUGCUGAAGUCUAUCGUCAUACAGGACUGUAUGUGGAGCGGCUUCUCGGCGGCAGCCAAGCUUGAGAAAGUGGUAUCUGAGAAGCUGGCAUCCUACCAGGCUUCUAGGAAAGAGAGUGCUCUGUCUUCUUCUCAGUGCCAGAGUCCACCAGAGCAGAGCCCACUUAAGUCUCCUUCAUGCCAUGGGAGCCUCAGUCUCGGAGGGACUCGGAGCAGCCAUGGAUUCCUCCAGGACCCCAGCUCGGAUUGUGUUGACCCUUCGGUGGUUUUCCCAUACCCUCUGAAUGACAGCAUUUCCAACGCCAGCUCACCUUGCCAAGACCUCAUGUUGGAAACGCCACCGAUCAGCAGCAACAGCAGCAGCAGUGAAUCAGAAGAGGAACCGGAAGACGAGGAUGAAGACUGUGAUGAGGAAGAAGAGAUUGAUGUUGUCACGGUGGAAAAAAGGCAGACGGCAUCCAAGCGAAUGGAAUCCAGCUCUCACUCGCAGCCAUCUAGACCCCACCACAGCCCAUUAGUUCUGAAGAGGUGUCACGUUCCCAUUCACCAACACAACUACGCAGCGUCCCCCUCAACCAAAGUGGACUAUGUUUCUUCCAAGAGGGCGAAGCUAGAAAGCAACGCCAGGGUCCUCAAACAGAUCAGCAAUAACCGCAAGUGCAGCAGUCCCAGGUCCUCUGAUUCCGAAGAGAACGACAAGAGGCGGACACACAACGUUUUAGAGCGUCAGAGGCGGAACGAGCUCAAGUUGAGCUUCUUCGCCCUGCGCGACCAGGUACCGGAGGUGGCCAAUAACGAGAAGGCGCCCAAAGUCGUCAUCCUCAAAAAGGCAACAGAAUACGUCGUUUCUAUGCAGGAGGAUGAGCGACGGCUCAUACGGGAAACAGAACAGUUAAAGUACAGGAGAGAGCAGUUAAAACAGAGACUGCAACAGCUAAGGAACUUGGUUGUCUAAAUAACAAACUCUUUAUUUACACUUUAUAAACUGUGACAGUCUAUAUCAAGGUUGUCUCUUCCUCGAGACCUACUACAAAACUGAUUUUGUAGAACACGGACAACUGCAUGCAGAUGAUUUCACAACUACACAACCUUGGCAUGGUCUCAGAUUCUGCCAGCACCUUAAAACUGCCUCAAUACUGGGAUUUGGGUAUUAUGGGACUGUUUUGUUUUUUUUUUUUUGUUUUCCUGCUUGAGGGGUAUAUUUGCCAACUUUUUGUUGUUAUUGUUGUUUUACAACCUUUGUAUUUAAAACAUUUAUUUUUCUUAUAAACAAACAAAUUCCUGAAGUUUGGCUCUAAAUAGCUUAAAUAUAUACAUCAUCGCUGACUCAUCUAUAAUAUCAUUAAUAGAUCGUUAUAGAAAUUAUUGUAUUCACUUCUCUAACAGCUAUGGCGCAAGAAAAAAAAAAAAGUGCAAAACUUUGGUGUUUUGCUGCCAUGACGCAUUUAAUGAACUUUUUAUGUUUUCGUUUAUUUAAAAAAAAAAAACAUUUAUCUUCGAGUUUCAUUUGGAUAAUUCUGUAUUGGAGCUAGUUGUACCAGUUUCUGAAGAACUGAUGAAGAAGGCACUGACCAACAUGUAUCUAAAAAAUGCUAAAAGUACAUAAUAUUAUCCCAUCCCCUGUAUCCUCGUCAUAUGAAAAACCCUCUAACCUGCUGGCUGCUCAAGGCGUCCUGUUGUAGCGGCAGGGUAGUGGUCUUUCCUAGCAACACAGACGCGGUCUGCUGUUUCUAUAUUGAUUCUCUUAAAGAUAUUAUAACAUGCUGGUCUGAAAAAUUCAUCAUUUGUUUGGCUUGUUUUACUUAAGAUGAAACUAUUCAGAUGGGGCUCCAACAUCCCAUAAUGAUAUAGUGACUUUUAACAUGGCAAGCUGUUUGGAAUAAGCUUCAGAAAAUAAAAAUCAAGUUAAAAAAAUAAACACAAAAUCCUGUUG